AUGAAGGAGAACUUCAUUCGAAAGUGCAAGCGUGUGCCCACUCAGGUGCGCAUGCCAUUUUUAGAGAUGACCUCUCUUGAUGGUUCAAGUUCUGGGCUUGUGGGUGCUUGUGGAAUCUGGGUUCUUCGUAACCUUUUAAACUUGUUUGUUGAGGCACGGAGUAUCGCAGAUCCUGAAACAGACAUUAAACGAAGGAACAGGCUAAAUGGUGGAAUAAUAGAGAAAAUUCUGUUCUGGUUCCUAACAGUGCUUCUCUCUGUUGUGGGGUCUCGUGUUGCAUCACUAAUAGUUUUAGAGUUCCCUCUUAGAGCCAUUUCAGCACGGAUCACAGGAGGAUCAGACUCAAUAAUGGACCCAUUGUUACUGCUGAUUAUCCAGUGCCAGUUCUCCUUGGGCUGCGCACUAACCUGCAGCCUUAAUUUCCUCCAUGAGGGGGCACCACAAGGCUGGCUAAGCCUCCUCCUUGCAGUUGGACUGAGCUGGUUCUUGGCAAGCAGAUGCAGCAGAAUAUGGCGACAUGUAAAUACAAUGUAUCCAAUACACAGUACACAGCGCUAUUGUGGACUUUGCAUUGGACUAUUAACCACUGGCACUUCUAUAUUAGUCUGGCUCUGCAGUGCCUUAAUUAUAACUUUUAGCGUAUCUGGAAUUGCUGCCAUAUCAAACAUAAACCAAAACUUUCUAUCGACCACUGAGGCUCUGAGAUUUUGUACCCCACUCACAAUAUGCUACACUCUGCUGGUUGUGUACAUGAAUGAGGAUCGACAUCAAUCGCCUGGCCAACAGAUUCUCAAUACAGUCGUUGUGCGCCUGGGUGGGCUUUUCGUGUUACUGAUUACAGUGGGCAGCUGGUCAGAUGUAGUCCGUGUUCUAAUCUGCUUCAUUGGUGAAGCUGCGUGUCUGUUACCAUCUCAAGACCUUUUGGAAGCCAUAUAUCAGCAUGUCACCUAUGUGCCUAAAGGCCCAUUAAAAAGCCAUGGAAAACGGGAGGAACAAAGGAAAUUGGAAAGGAAACUGGACUAGGCUUGGAUGAAAACAAACUUGACCUAUUCAGCCUAUAUAUAUAUAGGCCUACACACACACACGUUCUCUACAAAAUACAUUUAAGUGAAGAGAUGUGCUUUUUAAGUCCUUAAUAUUUAAAGUCCAUUUAGCUUUACUCCCUUAACCUUUACAUUCAUUUACACUCCCUUAACAUUCAAGUACUGCAUGAAAAAUUAAUGCCUUAUGAAUGCCUUCCAUCGUAAUAAAUAUAGCUAUUCAAUACAUUUAUGUAUACGAUGAAUUGCAUUCAUUCCCUCUAUACCUAAAUACAUAAUU